UCAUAUCCCUAGCAUAUAUAAAGCUCCCAAGUCCUUUAUAAUGGCGGGAAAUUUUGGAUUCUCUUUUCUUCUCUGUGAGAUUUGACCCACCCGAUUAUGGCGGAUAUCGAAACCCUAGGCAUCGUUGAUGAGAUUCAAGCUCUUGUAUCAGACAAACUUCAAGUGGUUUCGUACAAGUGGCUGAGUCGAAAUUUUUUGGUGUCAUCAAAUUCUGCAAAGAGGUUGCUUCAGGAAUUUGUUGAAAAGCAUGGAAAUGGUCUUGAAGUGGUCUACAGCUUGUCUGGCUGGUUGAAAGAUAGCCCUUCAACCUACCAUAUAAGACUUGUCUCUUCUGCUAACCUCACAGAGGCCAAGAAAGAAUUUUCGGAUGAUUGUUCAGUCCAGGUCUAUAGCGUGCAAGCUUGCAUCCCAAAGGAUCCAGUGGCCCUCUGGAAUUCUGAAUUUGUCCAGGCUGAAGAGCUAUUUAGGCAGCCCCUCUCAGUUGAUAAUUGUUUGCUUGAUAAUAGGUUUUGUGGAGUUUCAAAUCCUUUCAUCAAACGCAACGGUGCAGGGACAAUUCCAAGCACUACUACUGUUCCUCAGGUGAAAAGUGAAGCAUUAGGACUUCGUAAUACUAACUCUACUGCUCAAGUGAAACCUGAGCAGAAAAAGGUUCAACUACCAAGUCCUAGUGCCAAUGUGCCAUCUUCACAUGUGGUUGAUGCCAAAAGUGAGAGUCGUGGCACAUCAGGCCCUGGAGAGGGUAUUAAGUUUGUUGCUGAUAAACACAAAGUUGCUCAACUUCCGCCUGCUAAGAAGGCAGUUCAGUCUGACAAAAGUUCUUCUAAAAAUGGUGGGGCAUUGGCUAAUAUGUGGAGUCAUGUACCUACAAAGCCAAAAGUCGAUAAUGUUUCAGCUGCUACCAGUGAUACCACACCAAAUCCUGUUGGUAAUGCGGCUCAGAUAUGUACUCCGGAAGGAGUAGAAGAUAGGAUCAGUGAUGACGAUGAUCAACUAGUCAGCAUCAGGAGAACAUCAAAUGGUGAGGGGAAUAGAAAAAGGAGGGUGAUUUUUGAUUUUUCGGAUGAAGAAGAUGAAUUCAAGGACGCUGUCAACCUAGCCUCACCUGAUCCUCCAAAGCAGAAAUCUAUUUUAGGAUCAAAACAAACUCCUAGUACUCCAGAACUGGAAAAGCGGGAAGUCAAGAAAGUAAAGGAGGCUGGCAGCAAGAGUCAUGAGCAAGAAACAUUCUCAAAAAAGAGACAUGAGCAAGAAGCAUUCUCAAAAAAGGGUCAUGAGCAAGAAAGAAAACCUUUACCUACCAGCGAACCUAAGUCUUCUAAGUUGCACCCUUCAGAGAUUAUUUCAGAACAUGCGAGUCUUAAGAAUGCCACUGAAAAGGAUAAAGUCACCGAUGCUGCUCCAACUUCCCCUAAAAGGAGAAAAGUAAUGAAGACACGAAUUGACGAACGUGGAAGAGAAGUGACUGAGGUUGUUUGGGAAGGUGAAGAUACAGAAACAAAGGCUGACAGUAAUACAAUGAAGAAAGCUGACAACAAUCCAGUUAAUAGUACUGGUGACAGACCACCUAUAGCCAAGAAGUCUCCCGCACUGGGAAGUACUGCACCUACAAUUCAAGCUGGUAAAGCAGGAAACAAGAAAGCAGGAAAUAAGGAUCCUAAGCAAGGAAAUAUCCUUUCAUUUUUCAAGAAGAAGGCUUAAAAUGUGAUUUUCAAAAGUUACCAUUUUAUGUUUAGCAAGUUCUUCGAACACUAGACUGAUUCGCGUAUGCAUAGCUUUGUUUCGGGUAUAGUUUGGAUCAAUUUUGUGUACGCGUAGCCUGUUUCUGCAUGAAUUGUGACACUUUAUUGUUUGUAAAGUUGCAGAUUUUACUGAAUGCUCA